UUAUAACGUUGUUUGGCUAAAUUCUGCACUAUCCGAAUUCCCGAUCCUAUCGGAAGGGAUGAAGGCACGUGAUGGGGAGAAAUGUGCGAAAGGGGUGCCUGUUUGAAAGAAAACAAAAUUAUAUCCAAGAAUUAUAGGCUGCGAUAAUAUGUCAUAAUUGAAGUUUACGUAAUCUUAAAUUUGUUUGCAUGAGGUCAUUGCCUACGUGGUGUUUCAUGACGUUUGCAAAUUGUACGUAUGUAGAGGGGAUGAAGGCACGUGAUGGGGAGAAAUGUGCGACUUCCCCUUUCUUAUGCUAAGACGUUUCCACUAUAAAUAGCUCCUAAGAGGUCCUCGUUUUUGAUCAACAAAUAAGAAAACACAGUAUUAACUAAUUAACCUUGAGAUAAGCAUUAAAAAAACUCAAUGGCAGGGAAGGUUGAGAAAGUGCUUGCAGUACUGAUGCUUGCAAUGCUUCUGUUUUCGGAGCAUUUCAUGGCUGCUAAUCAUGAAAUUAAAACAACUGAAGAUAACUCUAUUAGCCCUUUCUGCUUAAUAAAAUGUUUAUAUGGAUGCAGGGGGUUGCCACCUGCAAAAGCAGCCAUUUGUGCAGCUCAAUGUUUGUUUAAGUGCGCUGUCCAAGAUGAGGCCAAUAUAGCUGAAACUAAGGGCAUAAUAGGUGAGACUGCAUACAACCAGUAUGAUGUUGGAUGUGCCCUUGGCUACUGCUCUGAGUUCCUGUUGAAUUAUGAUGAGAGGAGGUUCAACUGCUGCAUGGAAUACUGUCGCGAGGGCAAAAUGACCUGUCCUGUUGAGGCUGCACCUUGAAGAAAUGGUUGCCCUAAAAUUAUCGCCUCAUCAAAUGGAAGUACACUGCUUUUUCUACUUCCGGUGUUUAGUAGUAGUAGUAAAUAAGUGAGGCAUGUUACGUACUCUUAUGUUUUGUAAUAAUUAUGCUUUUUAAUAAUGUAAUCUGUCUGUGUGCAUACAAUGCACACGACGCUAGCUACUACUUUUUAUCUACUAAAAACGAAAAGUAACUUAUUUCUGAUCGCUGAAUACUUAUGCUCGGAAAGCCAGCAUUCUCUAGUUAGAAACUAGAAUUGUGUUACCAAUUAAUCAUAUAUAUUUAAACUGUUACAUAGAUCGAUUAUUUAA